GUAGACAUCAACACAACUUUUCGAAUUCCCGAGACCCUAGUCAGGACGACUCGAUUUAUAGACAUCGGAAACGUCCUUAAAACGGUAAAAAUGAAAAACCAUGACGACUUUCAGCGCCAAUUCACGUCCGUUAUGGAAAACCUUUUGCAUGCAGCGGUUUCUGAAACGACCAAACUCUUCGAGGACGCUGUGCAAGAAAUGAAAGCGGAGUUGGUUCGGUUGAAAAAACAGGACGGCAACUUCGAACAGGAAAAUUCGUCGGAAGACAAUCCUAUUCAUAUAGCUAAGAAAAAUCCAUGUACACGGGAUGUGGGUAUACAGUGUGUUACACCCACCCUGCUGGAGCGGUCCCGCAGUCCUUCAUUACAUGGAGAAAACGACAAGGACAGAUUUUUAGGUUUGCCUCCAGGUCUUCUGCAGUAUGGAAACCAACAGAUUGCAUUGCUUCUUAUCAAGCAAGAGGAUCUAGACAUGUAUGACUACAGCUCUGCCUGCAUCUUCCCGAAGCUGGCAGGUGACCAGUUAAAGUCCUUCCUGGUGCAGCGGACUCCGGCGCCAGUUCCGUCUCAAGAAGCUGACCAAAGUCCAUCAAAUGAAGCCACGGCCCAGCAGACCCAUGGCCCCACUCCUUCUCCAUCUCACCCUGUGCAAGGGCCUGCUCCCUCAGCACCUGUUGAAGCGGCUCAGAGUUGUGAAUUUAAUCCUUUAGACAGUCUCCAGGUCUCUUUAAACCUGAUGCCUGAUAUACAGGAGGGAAAUCCUGCCAUGCCACCACCACCUGCACCGUCCACAUCACCUACCUCACCCACUUCCCAGGUUGAUGCAGCUGAUGAAAGCACAUCUUCUACAUCCAUAGCUAUAGUCAAUGUAGCUACCGUGAAAUCAGAGCCAAUUGAUUGUGAAAUAGAUCCGCAAAACUUGAAGUCACAUCCACUGACUCACCAGGAUGAGCCUAGACGGCCAAGCACCAGGCAAUCAAAGUCAACGCGUCGUCGUGUGGUGUUUAUAAAAACAACCCAUACCCAGGCCAAAGAUCUCCCUCAGGAAAAAGCUUCUACGUUCCAGAAGCGGCAAGCGAUGGUCACUCUGACCCACUGCGAUACUUCGCCCAGCCAAGCUGUACCCCAGAAGAGACCACGCCACUCAGGCGGGGGCCAUGUUGGUAAGAACCAGUGCGAGGUGUGCAUGCGCACGUUGAGCAGCGCGUCGGCCUUGCAAAGCCACCGCUUGUUGCACACGGGCGAGAGGCCGUUUGGCUGUAGCCGCUGCGACAAGACCUUCCCCAGCGCGCGCGGCCUCAACCGCCACGUGCGGAUCCACUCGGGCGGCAGGCCGCACCAAUGCGAGGAGUGCGGCAAGUCCUUUGUCUACCAGUUCAACCUCACGUCGCAUCAGCUCACCCACGGCGCCAAAAAGCCGCACAGCUGCAGCGUCUGCGGCAAGCGCUUCCUGUCCAAGCCCGAGUUGACCACGCACUCGCGCGUCCACACCAACGAGACGCCAUACAAGUGCACGCUGUGCGGGAAGAAGUUCAAGUACCGCAUGUCGUACAACACACACGUACGGGGACACCACGGCGAUAUGCGUUACAAAUGCACUAUCUGCAGCAAAGCCUUUGUCGACCCCAGCAACUUGAAUACACACAAGCGUAUACACACUGGGGAGAGGCCAUACAAGUGUAAAGAAUGUGGGAAGACGUUCACACAGUCGGGGCAUCUCAAGAAACAUGUCACGACGCAACAUGCAUAUUUAUCAAAGUGAUAACCUCUGGGACAAAUCAUUCUAUCAUAUGUUAAUAAUGCAUACUUGGUGUAGGCUUACACCAUGCAACACCAAAUCAAUUGGGAUUAAUAUGACUCCAUAUGAUGUGCCAGUGUGUUGAUUUAUAUCAGGGAUUCUCAAGUCUUCUCCUGGACUUAUUGUAAACUCACAUGAUGUUUUCAUGAGUAGUCAACUCAUUACGGUCAUGCUCAAUAAGGUCUUUCACAUUUAAUAAUAAUAUUUGGUAUAAACAUAAUUUAGCAAUUCCAGUGGCACAGAUGUUCAUUGUUCAAUGUACAUGUUUUCUGAUUUAUUAUAUGGGAUUGGUUACCGUGACAGUAUCCAUAGUAUAGUGUCUAGAUCAUGGAUGUUAAAUGAAAAUAUUUAGGAGAGAAAGUUUAUACAGUUUAGAUUGUAAAUAUCUCUACCUUCUUACACUUCUGUGAAAUAUUGUUGAUAUGAAUGCUGAAGAUUUGUAUGUGUGCUUGUUUGUAUACAUCCAUGUUUAUAUCUGAUGCUUCACUUAUGUUUUUUCUUUUCUUUUUUUUUUCCCUUCACGUCAUGGUAUGACAGAUGUGUAAUAAAAGCUUAACAGAAAGAGAUGUCCAUGUGA